AUGAACACAAUCUUGGAAGAUGGCCCCUAUUAUGUUGGGGCUAGAUUGAUUGUUAUUAAAAAAUGGCAACCUGGACUAAAACUAACAAAGUGUGAAUUUUCAAGUGUGCCAUUGUGGGUGAAGUUGUACAAUGUUCCUUUGGAACUUUGGAGUGAAGAGGGUUUGGGUUACAUAGCUAGCAUCUUGGGAACUCCUCUUUAUUUGGAUGAGCCAACUUUCAAGAGAAGCAGACUUACGUUUGCUAGAAUUUGUAUUGAAGUGCCAGCAAAUAAAGAGAUCCCUAAGUCUUUCAAAAUAAAUCUUGGUUAUGGUGACCCAUAUGAGAUUCUAGUUGAGGUACCAUGGAAGCCCCAAAGGUGUGAUGGUUGUAAGACUUUUGGCCAUACCACUAAUUUGUGCCCUCAAAAGCCAAAGUCUUUGAACCCUCCCUCCUUCAAACAUGAGUGGAGAGUCAAGGACACUAAAACACAAAUUUCGACUAAAUGGGAAGUGGUGAAGAAAAAAGGGAGAGAUGGUGGGCAAGGUUCAACGCCAUUGAUCAACAAAGAGAGAGAGACGCGGUCUUCUAUCCCCUCAACAUCUAAUGCCUUUGAUGUCCUUGAAUCGUGUGAUAUGGACGAGUUAGGAAAUGGAGAUUCAAGUCAAGAGUUGAGAAAUAGAGGGAGUUCAUCUUCAAGUGAUCCUAGUUAUGGGGAGACUUCAAAUGAGGAUAACAGAAGAAAACUCAAAGCGAAACUUCAUGACUUGAAGAAUGCUAGAAGGAAAUUAUGA